UAUAGGUUGGCAGAUCUGUAAAACUUAAGUCUUAAGUUGUUCCUCUUGGGCGUUCUUCUUGCUUUCGCUUCCUCUCGUUUCGCUUCAUCGGGAAAAACCUAAACCCCCUCGAGAGGCAGACGAACAGGAAGAGGAGAGAAUCGGCGAUGGACUUGGACCAGUGGAUCUCGAAGGUGAAAGAGGGUCAGCAUCUGUUGGAAGACGAACUUCAGCUCCUCUGCGAAUACGUCAAAGAGAUUCUUAUUGAGGAGUCCAAUGUGCAGCCUGUCAAUAGUCCGGUCACUGUUUGUGGUGAUAUUCAUGGCCAGUUUCACGAUCUAAUGAAACUUUUCCAGACAGGAGGUCAUGUACCGGAAACAAAUUACAUAUUUAUGGGGGAUUUUGUUGAUCGAGGAUACAAUAGUCUUGAAGUUUUCACAAUCCUUUUGCUUCUUAAAGCUAGAUACCCAGCAAAUAUUACCCUUUUACGUGGAAACCAUGAAAGCAGGCAACUAACCCAGGUAUAUGGUUUUUAUGAUGAGUGCCAGAGGAAGUAUGGAAAUGCUAAUGCAUGGCGGUAUUGUACAGAUGUUUUUGACUAUUUGACACUCUCAGCAAUUAUUGAUGGAACUGUGCUUUGUGUCCAUGGUGGUCUUUCUCCUGACGUUCGAACAAUUGAUCAGAUACGGGUUAUAGAACGAAAUUGUGAAAUCCCACAUGAGGGGCCAUUUUGUGAUCUCAUGUGGAGUGAUCCUGAGGAUAUUGAAACAUGGGCAGUUAGUCCACGUGGAGCUGGUUGGCUUUUUGGGUCCAGGGUCACUUCUGAGUUCAAUCGCAUAAACAAUCUUGAUCUGGUUUGUCGAGCACACCAACUUGUACAAGAAGGCCUCAAGUACAUGUUUCAAGAUAAAGGCUUAGUAACUGUGUGGUCUGCACCAAAUUACUGCUAUCGUUGCGGGAAUGUGGCUUCCAUAUUGAGUUUCAGUGAUAAUAUGGGCAUCUCUCUGAUAGGGGAGCUUCAUAGUCUCCUGCCUCGAAACAUUUAUCAAAGGAUCCGGACAUGACCAAAGAGCCGCUGACCGAUGAGAUAAUUAUUAUGGGUAAGUUUGAUUGUGACAAAGUGAAACAAGGGAGGAAGGAGUGGUAUUGGAUAUCGGGGUGGGGCAUAGGAAGCGUUGGAGGAGGAGGAGUUCACUUUGGAGGCCAUUUAGGAUAAAAGAGACGUUUGUCGGAAAAGUUGUCAUACCAUGUAGAGAUUAAUUGGGGUUUUGCCUGCCGAAUCGGUUUCAACUUUUAUCUCGAUGUUUCGAAGCUUGGAGUUGGCCUUACAAUUCUUUCAUCUCGCUAGAUGCAUCAACACAUCCGUCGGCCAUCGUGGGGAUUUUUUUUAAUAGGUUCGAUUCAGAGAUAGUAAUUUGUCAGAUGGAGUUCUUCAACCCAGGCAGAGUUAAUUAUGUAAUGGUUCUAAGUAAGAUUUUAAGUAUAUCUAGAUCGUAACUUCAAAAUGCCGUUAGACUUCAAUUUUAUAAGAAUUCUGCUAGGUCCAAGCGGUUUGGGCACUAAA